GUGAUUGGCUGGGCUCAGGCGGCAGGUUUAAGUUCCGAGUAUUCUAUUUUCAUUCAAGUCUGUGGGCUCGGGACCUGGAGCUAGAGGGGGUGGCGGCUCCGCGGGCCGCAGCGCCAUGGCCGGGAAUAUCUCCUCUGCGGGACCCGGCAGCCCCCGUUCCCGUCUGGGUUUCCGAGCCAGAUGCAGGAUGGUGCUGAACUUGCUGAGGGACACGGAGGUCUCUCUGCCCUUCACCCCGGAGCUGCCCCGCACCCCGGUCACGGACCUCGCUCAAGGCUUUAGGAACCUCAGCACCUUGGCAGGGAAUACGCCAAAGUGCUGUCUAGAUCUGUCUGAUCUCAGUAGUGGUGAGGAGAUGCCUGCCUUCAAUUUCACCCAUUCCCCAGACAUGGCUGGUCGGGUGGACUCCUCAGGAUCUAAGGAUGGGCUCAAGGCACAGAGGCAGCACAUAAAAUCUUUCCUGCCCCAGGUAUUGUGCAGCACGCCAAGUUCCCCAGGCGCCACGUGCCGAGAGGGCAAUGAGAUGGACAGCCCCUUGGAGAAGGAAAACGAAGGCAGCUGGUUUAAGCACCCAGGUUGGCAAAUGCCUAAGCCCCUGCUGUUUCGCAAGAGAGCAACAGGCUUUCUAGUGACUUGCCUCCCGGCUCAGCUGGAUGUGGGGGGCAUGCAGGAGUGUGAUGUGAAAGAUUUGGGCAGUCCAAUUGUUUCCGUGGCAACGCAUCCUCGCAGAAUGGCAGAGAACUUGGGUGGCUUUGAAGAGCUCUUCCCCGAUGAAGAAGAAGAGAUGGAGAAUCCAGUGGCUGGGAACCUUUCCUCCAGCAUGGCUGUCCUGCUUUCUGGACCCCUCCUCACACAGGACAUCAACGUCAGUGAACAGGUCUCCAUUAACAGAAGCCGCCUCUACCGCUCACCGUCCAUGCCAGAGAAGUUGGACAGACCAGUGCUGAAGCGACUAGAGAGAUGCCAGGAUAAUGAAACCCCAGUCAAGGGCACAGCUCUGAAGAAGACGGCUUCACUCUCAGACAUGGAGAUUGUCAAAGUUCUAGAUCAGGACUGUGGCUUCCGACAGCUCAUUGGGGACUUCUCUAAGGCGUACGCUCUGCCAACAGUGACAGGAAGGCAACAGGAUCUGAGAUACAUCACCCCGGAGAUUGUGGCUGCUCUGCUCUUUGGGCAAUUCCAAAGCUUGAUUGAGACAUUCUACAUCGUCGACUGUCGCUACCCCUAUGAGUAUCUGGGGGGGCACAUCAAGGGGGCUCUGAACUUUCACAGGCAGGAAGAUGUCUUUCAGUUCUUCCUGAAGAAGCCUCUCCUCCCAGCCGUGCCACAGAAACGCAUCAUCCUCGUUUUCCACUGUGAAUUCUCCUCCGAAAGGGGCCCCAAGAUGUGCCGCUAUCUGAGGGAGGAAGAUCGAGCCAUGAAUGAGUACCCUGCUCUGCACUAUCCCGAGCUCUAUGUCCUGAAGGGAGGCUACAAGGAGUUCUUCCCUGAGUACAUGGAGCUGUGCGAACCCCAGGAUUACUGCCCAAUGCACCACCAGGAUUACAAGGCAGAGUUGCUGAAAUUCCGCACCAAGAGCAAGUUGUGGGCUGGAGACCGGAGGAGACGUGACCAAAUUGCUCGCCUCAUGAAGUUGUGACGGCAGAGACAGCAGCCUUGAGAGAGCACUGCUUAGAAGGGCUCUACCUUGCACAGUCAAAGUAUCUUUUUGUUUGUAAGUGGGUCACUUGGUGUGGGUACGUGCAGCCACUUUCAGCCAUUUCAGAUGCUAACAAUGCUACAGGGAAGCUAGUUUAAAAAGUCUUGAUUCUUGAAGCUGCAUCUCAGACCAUGGCUGAGCAUGAACUGGAUGGACUCAGUUGUCUGUAAGGAAAUGAGGGGUCUCCUUCACGUGGAAGGCACAGAGAGAGCCAGGUUUAUGGCUGCCUCCGUGUUAUAUCCAGCCAUUGCCAAGUGGGAGAUAUCACAGCCCGAGCUCUAACUCCUUUCUCCGUCUCCUGCUUCCAGCAGCAGCCUCCAUGUUUCUCUUCAGUUUGACUCUCGGUUUGCAUUCAGUUCUCUCUCUAGUGACAGAAUAAACUGUUUUAAAUCCCAGCGUGCUUGAUUUGAACAGCUCUCCCUGUCUCUCCAGCCUGGGGCCUCUCACCCAUUUGUGCCACGGGGCUGUUAAGAAAUGGCAGAAGCCUCCCAGUGACUAAACAGAUGCUGAAUCCUGGCCUCUGAUUGGUUAACAUUGUUCCAAACUUUAGUGUUGACCUUUUAGAGGCAUAAGAUAGAGACUUAAACAUCACAGGACUUCGUAGCCAAUCAGAAGACAUUGCUGCUGCAUCCUUAUUAGCAUCUCACAGUCCAUUCAGGAAUUGCGAAGCAGCAGCAAAUCUUUUUGCCUCCUGAUUGGCUCGCUAGGACUUUUAUUAAUUCCAUUCUGUCCAUUUAGAAUGUGGGGAAAAGACAAGUUUGAAAUUUCCCCCCCAAAGAGGGCACGUUAUCCAUACAAAUGGGUAAGGAAAAACAGCCCCAGAGGAAGAAUAUGAAUCUUGCUUCAAGGCACAAGGCCAACUGCCAAAGUUAGGAAGAAACUUCCUUGGGGCAGGUUGUUCUGAAAUAGUCCAUUCAGAGGCAGGUGUAAAACCUCUAUAAGACUAUGGGCCAGAGGAAGCUUGAGCAUCCUUAUGUCUGUUACACUGCAUGGUACACUGCAUGGACGUUGAGAAAGUAUAUAGUAAAAGAGGCUGUCUUGUCCUUGUGGCAAACAAUAACCCAAGCAAAUAAAUGCUGAUACUAACUGAAACACAGUUAUUCUCCAUACAGUAGAGGAGUGUGUACUGUUUUACAACCUAGUAAAGGACAGUCCUGGCUCCAAAGAGCCUGCUGUGUAGCUUAGAAAAGUCAUGAUACAGAGAAGAUGGCAUUGGCCUGAGCGUACGGACAGGAGAGGGAGGGGAAGGUGUGGUGUUUUAGACACAGCUUGUGCUAUUUUUUGUUAGAAUUUUUAAUUUACCAAAUUGUAAGAAAAUGUUACGAUCUGUUUGCUAUUUACAUUAUCAGUAGCUUCUACCUUGUUCCUGCUCCUCGGGCCCACAAAUAGCAGGAAAGGUUGGGCGACUUCACAUUUACUUCUAUCUAUCCCACCCGAUCUGGGAGCAACAGGAAAUCCAUAGAUUAUCCCCAGGACAGAAGGAAAGCAAACUGCCUUUCUGUAAUGAAAACCAAGGAUCGGAAUAAGCUCUGUAGUGUCCUGAGCACAGGUACACGUUUCUGUGUUUGGAAAAAAGAGAUGUUUGCUCUAGGCUGUUUUACAAAGCUAGUUUCUUCAGAUGUGGGUAAAUUUGCUGCUAGGUGAAGCAAUUCCACCAGAGGGCAGUACUGCAGCACAGUUAAGGUGAAGAGAUAAAGAUGUCCCUGCUGUUGGUGUAUAGGUCUUCUGUGGCUGGACUCUAGGCAUACCUGAUAGCUGGGACGGGGGUAUCAACACCAGCAUAAAUGUUCCAUGCAUAGUACAGAAGGGGGAAUGCUGCGGAUGGAG